UUUCUUCAAGAUACAAUGCAACAUAUGAAAUGCGUCCGAAAAUAGAAGGAUAUAGCCACUGCUUAAUUGCUGCUUGUGUUGAAGCAACGAGUUAAGUGAUGCUUCUUUGUGUUCUGUAGACCCAAAUAGAGGACAGGUGUUCCUAGCUGCCUAUGGUGAAAGUGAACAUUCUCAUCAGAUAAGAAGAUGUUCAACAAAAGAAUACUAUACACUGACAGGCUCGAAAAAACAUGAAAAAGGAGAAAAUAAAAGAAUGGAUAAAGAAAAUAUAAAAAAUAUUCUUCUCGGCAUUCCAACAUCCAAGACAGCUAGUAUUUCAAAAUACUUACAAUAUGUAACCUAUGUUCUGUUGCAUUUAGAUAGAAUACUAGCUUUUAAUCAUUUUUCGUCUGCUGAAAACCGCUUUCAUUCAUAUCAAGGCGUUCAAAGGGAAAGAGAAGAGAUAGUGAAUAUUCUGGUAAGUGGAGGCCGCAAAUACAAUAGAUCAAAAAGAAAAAAUACGAGGAGAAACAGAAGAAAGCGCAAGAGAAAAAGAAGAAACAACAAUAUCUCUCCUGUCGUCAGUCUAGUAAAAGCUGAGCACUAUUGGGAGAAAGAGCCCUUUUCUUGCAACAAAGCCAAACUGCCAAUUAUUUCUUUCGGAAGUGCUAUGUUUGGUAAAGACCGAUGCAAGAUCAACUCUUAUCAAACAGGCCUAACUGGAGCUCUCUACCGACAGCUGAAGUGAAGACAGAAGACAGAAGAAUGGAGAUUUGUUGCUUGCAUGGGUGGAUGAAUUUCAAACAUCUAAGGUAAUACUGUGAAAUUUUCUAUUUGUAAUUACAACUAAAUAUAUAGUAACGUAGGUUUGCCAGUCAUGCCAAGCAAUGUUUCUCACGGAAGCAAUUUUCAGCAUCCACAGAAUCCUUGCCUGACA